GCGCUGUCUAUAAAUACUCUGUGAAAUGUGUUGGAUCAAUGCACUAUGCGGCCUCAGAAUGGAAAGUACAACUUUCUAUUCUACGCAGUAACACAGACGGAACAAUUGCUGUGCUACGCUAUAUGUUUAUAAAUAGCCCGGUUCUUGCGGGAAGUUAUAUUUUCGAUAUUUAUUCCGGUUAAAACUAAAGUAGAAUUGACGUUUGACCAACUGGAACGCAGUUAUCCAAUCAGGAACUUAAUUUCGAAGUGGUUGAGCGAGCGAGUCUUUUGCAGACCCGUUCAAGUCGCUCGGGGCGGGCAUUCCAUUCUCUCACCGUGCUGUCACCGCCCCCCGUAGCCUUCGGGUUGUGUCAAAGUGCUAAUUCACCGCGGGAGUUCGUAGCGGUUCGUUGUAUUUUUGGUACAAAAUGGCAGUAUUAAGUACUCCUGUUGCCAUCGAAGUGCCUCGCGAAUAUGGAUAUUGUGUCCUUGUCGCUGUUGGAUCAACAUUUGUUUUAAUGUGGAAAGCAAUCAAUGUAGGAAGGGCCCGCAAGAAGUACAAUAUCAAAUAUCCAGCCAUGUACAGUCCUGAUAACGACCAUUUCAAUUGCAUUCAGCGUGCUCACCAAAACACUUUGGAGAACUAUCCCCAAUUCUUAACACUACUUCUACUGGGAGGUUUGGAGUGGCCAGUAGCCUCUGCAGUGGGAGGAAGUGUGUACCUUCUGGGUAGAAUUGCAUAUGCAACAGGAUAUUACACAGGAGAUCCAAAGAAACGUGCACGAGGUGCUUUUGGUCUCGUUGGAAUUGUGGUUCUUUUGGCUGCAACCACAAAGUUUGGACUGCGUCUUUCAGGAAUUGUCUAAUUGCAAAGUUAAAAAUGGUUGUGUAAGACUGUGUCCCAGUGCGUGACGUCACAUAGGGAGCAAAUUUACAGUGAAGAAAACAGAGUUCAGCAUUUAUAUUCCAAUUUUACUGACAUUAAACUUU